AUGGCACCAAGAAGAAAAUACAAGACUUAUGCACCUGAGAAGGUUAAAGUUGCCUUGAGAUUGGCAUCUGAAUCCAUAUCACAAGAUGGAAAGUAUAAUAACAGUGCAACUGCUUUGAUAAUGGGUAUUCCUGAGAGCACUCUUAGAUCUCAGAUUAAAAGAAUGAAUGAUACAGGAAAAGUGGAAAAUGGUAACUUAAAUAAGAGAUUAUUAAAUGAAACUGAAGAACUAAUAUUAGCUUAUCAAAUUGAUAAAAGGUUAAAUAUGGGUUUAACUAUAACAAAAGCCGAAGUUCUUGAUUUAGCAACCAAAAUUUAUCGGAAGAAAGUAACAUUGGGAAAAGUGGGAAAGAAGUGGUUUGAAUGUUUCAUGUCCAGACACCCAGAAUUAUAUAAUCGAUGGACUAAAUGUGUAAGACUUUCGAGAAAGCAAGGAUCUAGUUAUGAACGAGUGAAAAGUUGGUUUGACUUGUUUGAUAAGGUUGUUGUCAAGGGUAAAAUUUCUGAUGAUAAUGUAUAUAAUAUGGGUGAAAUAAGAUUUCAAUUUGGAAACACUCGUGACAAAUGGACCAUGGAAAGGGUUUGUGAGAAUGAUAAAGAGGAAACAUCAUCGGAAUACACUGAUUCAACAAUUGUUCUAGAAACUGUUAGCAUGAGUGGUAGAUACUUAGAACCAUAUGUCAUUUUCAAAGAAUUGAAUGGACAAAACCAGUGGUGUGAUAAGAAUAACAUACCGAAAUCUUCAUGCUAUAAUAUGUCAAUUGAUUGGCUUGAGAAAGUAUUUAUUCCUCAAACGAGGGCAAGAGAGGUUAAUGAAAAAGUAGUUCUCGUAUUGGCUGCUCAUGGCUCCCAUACUGAUGACAAAUUUAUCCAACUCUGUUCAGAGAAUAAUAUUCUUCCAAUAUUUAUGCCUCCUAAUACUUCAAACUUUCUUCAACCACUUUAUCGAUCAUGUUUCACUAACUUGGAAAUGGAUUACAGUUGCGUAAUUGACGAGCAAGUUUCAACUACUAAUUACAAUAAAGAAAACAGAACCGACUUUGUUACUUCUUAUGGCAUUUCUAGAGAGAAGGCUUUCGAACAAGGAUCUAUCGGUCAUUCAUGGAAAGUUGCUGGUCUAAAGCAACAAAAUUACGAAGAAGUGCUCAAUGGACCGUAUGUUAAAGGGCGCCCUCAAAAAGUGAAUCCUAAAGUCAAAAAUGCACCUAAAAAAGUUGCAAGUAAUCUCUAUGAGUCGGCCGCUGAUAAAGCUGCAAAGGAAUAUUUAACUGAAUUCAUGUCCAAAUCAAAGGAGAACUCCGAAAUCGGUGUGGAAUAUAUGUUCGAUUUGCUAUUAGAGUACGAGGAAGAGACUAGAAGACUUACUAAACUUUUGCUUCAACGACAAAGAGAAUUGAUUCGUCAGAAAGACAAAGAGUCUAUCAGAGCUCUUGCCGCUUUGAACUCUUCACUGGAUGAUGGUACUGUUGAUUCACUUGCUUACACUGGUAUUCAAGGAACGGUAGAAGAAAUCAGGGAGCAGAUAUCUAAAAUGGAGGAGGAGGCUAUGAAGCAGAAAGAAUCAAAAGACAGUCAACUUUCUGAUCCUUCUAAUGAAUGA